CCUGAUUGACGGAGAAGCAACCGCAGGCAGCCAUUUCAAUUGGACUAUUUCCCCGGCCGCUGCCAAGCCGGGUCAUCGACAACAGGAGACCAACCCCGUUGACCAACAAGAACGUUUGUCUCCUCGACGACGGCUUAGAAGGUAAUUAGCAACCGGACCGACAUGCUUUUCUUUUGUCCCUGCGAAAAGUCAGGCGAGAAUCUUCAGCAUUGAGCCCACACAAUGACGUCGGGAGCUGAGCUAUGGGCACUUCGGAAGUCAGGCACAGUAGCGGUGCAGAGACAACGAACAAGAACGUUGGGACGCUGUCAGAGUGGUUCUCGAUGUCCACUUUCGUUCCACAACAAGUCCACCACCCUUAUGGGGAGGCCCCUUUUCCCCGUCCCCGCCGGCCGAGGUUGGACGUCGCCGUUUCUCAUGCCCACUUUCCUGACGCUGGUGGAUGCUGCUGAAUCUGCCUUGUCGUACUGUGGAAGUCUCUGUUCGGACGCAGUGGGCUACACUGCGUACUGUGCGGCACCAGUUCUGUUGCCGAAGAUGGCGGCUUUGCGGCUACUGGCGGUUUCGCCAGCAACGAUGAUCGCUGCUGACGAGCCACAGAAUACAAUAGGGUAUGUAACCGUUAAUGUGGCUGAGUCGGUUCGCUGCGGGCUCGGGGAUGAUGCACAUGGACGAAGUUGAGGACGAUAUUCAUACACUUUAUUUCCUCGGCAUUGAGCUUUGUAGGCUUCGCCGCUGACAAUCAAUCAAUUGAUCCUCUGGGCUCCCGUCUG